UUCUAUAUAUGUUUAAAUUUGCGACAAUCAUUUCUCUAUGUCAUUUGAUUUAAUUUUAUAUAAAAUAUGUAACCCUUUCAAUAUAAUUAUUCUUAUUAUAGCAAUUAUAUUAUUCUAUAAAGUCUACCGAAAACUAAAAAUCAGAUGCAAACAAAAAUUAAAUGAAUGUACUACAGUACCUAUAAGACAGGAUUUAACUUUAAAGCAACUGAGAGAGUUCGAUGGUAAUAAUGGAAACCCCAUUUAUAUAGCAGUAAACGGAAAAAUAUUUGAUGUAUCUCAAAAGAAAGAUUACUAUGGACCACAGGGUCCUUAUGGUAUCUUUGCAGGAAGGGACGCGACACGAGGCCUAGCCAAGUUUAAUCUCUCGGAAAUCACGGAUAACCCUCCAGAUCUUUCCGAUUUAACUACCAUGGAGAUGGAAAGUAUAAAGGAGUGGGAACUUCAGUUUAAUGAGAAAUAUUUUUGCGUGGGCCGUCUGAUAAAUGAAAGUGAAGAUCCAAGCGCUUUUGUAGCAUCCAUGAUCUCGAUCGAAGCAUUAACCAAAGCCAAUAACAAAACAUUAAAUAACUUGGUCAUUCAGUCAGGUGACAAUAUAAUUCAUGAUGACGAUGAUAAAAAUUAUUUUGAAUCUCAUUUUGAACCGCUUUUCUCUGCCAAAACCAUACCUUCCGUUUCCAAAUAUUUUGCUGAUGCUGUAUAUAGAUCUAGAAAUUCUUCCGAGGACACAAAAUCGUUGCCUGAUUUCAAAAUGACUGUGGCUGAUGAUGUAAUGGACGAUGAUGAAGAAGUCCCCUUAUAUAUUAAACAGGAUAUUGAGGUGAUAGAUCAAAAUCUCCUUUACACUAAUGGCCAAGAAGAAGCGUUACCUUACAACGCUGACAAUUCUAUUCAAAACAAUAAUAGUAAAUAUUUACUUCGUUACCGUGGAGCAAUGUCCUCUUUCCCCAAAAAUGAUAAUCACCACCAUCUUCAUGGAGAUAGCAAUGGAUAUAAUUUUAUUAACGAGAAUGAAUUAGAUGAUCACGAUUAUCCAAAUGAUCCAUGCAAAAAUAACUUACCUUUCACUAAAAAUAUUAGCAAUGUAUUGCCCCACCCUAAGAUGGUCUCCUUUGAUAUCCAAGAUAAAAAGGAGUUAUGAAUUUUCAGUUUUAUGCUUUUUUUUUGUUUCGAGAAUGGAUAAUUAAUAUUUAUGAGGGUCUUUAAAUUAAUAUUGUAUUAUUUUAUCUUGAAGUCUGAAAAAGAUAAAAGUCUAUUUUUUUAUUUAGUUUCACAAGUGCAUUUAUAACUAUUUUUUGUAAAAUUGUCUUAAAAAUUUAUGUAUAAAUUAUAAAUUCACAAUUUUUAUAUGCCAUAUUUCUAUCGAUGUAAUUAGCAUAUUGCUCAUAAAAUUAUGAUUUAUAUAUAACCUAUUUAUUAAUUUAUUUAUAAGGUUUAUUAUAUUUAAAAUGCAAAAGUUUAUAUUUAAUAUGUCAUCAAAAAUUAUGUUCCUUCCCAUUUUCACUCUUACCCAUUAUCUCGGAAUGUUAGCUUUUAUUCGUAAAAAAAAAAUAUUUAUUAAGUAUUAUAACAAACACCUAGAGUAUAUGAUUCUAUAUUAUGCUAUUAUAAUAUUAAUGUAUUAUUUUAAAUUGAAAAAAAUAUAUUUUGUUUUGUGCCCUUUUUUUAUUGAUA